UAUUUAUUGACUUAAGUAUAUUGUGUCUAUCCAAUUGUUUCAAUCUUAUUUGUUGUCAAUACUAAAUUUGACUAAAACUCUUUUUUUUUUCUUCCAGAAAGCAGAGAAGAGUUCUAGUAUGAAGCCAAUGCUCGUAGAGUUGCAUGUGUACCCAGGUUAUGAGCCAGAUGAAGUAACACCUCUUCCUAAACCAUUUCUGGCCAGGGACAUUCUGUCAACAGCCAUAGGUGCUCAGCAGGAUCUCAGGAAAAAAGUCUCCUUCAAACAUGAAUUCCAGUCCUUUGUGUUUUCCAAGACAUCUGAAGACAUUCUACAGGACUUAUUUUGGUGGUACUUCCUGGAAAAAUAUCAGCCCAGCAGAAACAUACAAGAAAUGCUGUUUAAUCGCAUUGCUCACAACUAUGUGAAGAUGUUGUUUACUGCCCCAGUGACAGAAUACAGGGAUAAGUUUCUUAAGCGAUACCCUGACCUGAUGGCUCAAGCUGUGUACUGUACGUUUUGCACUGCAUUUCCUACAUCUUACAAGCAGUUUGGAGAUGAAUUCAAAGAGAAUCUCAUUCAAAUAAUUCAUGAAUGGAUUGCUGGAACCAAACCUGUGCCAAGGAUUUGGGACAAGUGGAACUUCAAAGCCCUGGAACCAAAAGAUAUGCGGAAAGAUGAGCAAAUUAAGCAAGAUGCUUCUAAAGGCUCGUUAGUAUCCCUUCCGGCGGAACUUAGUGAAGAGAAUUUAUCAAAACAGAGUAGCCUUUAUUCUGUUGGUAACAAGCUGAGCCAGAAGUCCAUACCUCAGAUAGUAGAAGAAAAGGUUCCAAACAGCAGUAGCUUCCUUGCUCCGCAGGGUCGCGACACCAGAAGAAAGUCAAUUGCGACCAGAAAGGCGUCACACAACAGUGCCGUGACGAACACCGAAGAACUGCGUGAUAAUGUGGAUCGCUUGGCUCCGUAUAACGCGAAUGAGGAGAAAGCGUCUGCAACAUCAACAUCUUUGAGUCGUUUGCAGCCGAAAUUGUCUUCGUUUUCCGCGUUUGCUGGGGUACAGAAGUCAAAUCGCGCAGAGAAACGCCGCGAGUCAUGUCCAGUAGGCAGAGGUCCAGAGUUCAGUCGCUGUGUGUUUGAUGUUUAUGGACACAGCCCGCUAGUGGAACAGUUUCUUCGGAUGCAGAAAUUAUCAAAAGAUUCAGGAACAUCAGUGUUGAUUCAGAGAACGGAAAUCAAGUCACUGCCACCAUUAUCGGCACCAACAUACCGUCAGGUGAUCAGAAAGUCACUCAAGAUUUCACAAGCGCUGACGAGUGAUUUUAAAAAACUGGAUGAAGAAAAUUCUCACCAACGGACUUUAUUUACUCGUAAACAGAAAGAAGCCAAUCGAGACUUCACUAGACGGGAAGGAGAGUUGCUGUCACGUCACAAAGAUGUGAAGAAGAUUAGCGAA